AUGCCGAACGCCUGCAUUCAAUUUGUUCGCGCCAGGGUUUGGCGGACUCCCUUAAAUACUGCACGUUGCAAAGUACAAAGGAACAUCCAACUGAACCUUCGGAACGUUGACUUCGGAUCUGAUCUGAUCGCUCCCAUGAAGUGUGCUGCAGCCGGCUGCCGCCAAGCUGGCCUCCGGAAAUGCGGCCGCUGUGGGAAGGUGGGAUACUGCUCUGCAGACUGCCAGAAGAGGGACUGGCCACAGCACAAGGCGAGUUGCAGCAGCCAAAGUCUUUGCUGCGCGCGAGCCGUCGAGGCGGAAGAGCAUCAACGUGCAGCUGCCCUUAAGGAGGAGGAGCCCAUGCCACUGGACGUGCAGCGUGAGUUGGCACGGCUCACUGGCAAGGAUGACAGGCUGACGGAGAUCUCCUUCAGUGGAUUAGCCACUUCUCAUGCUGACGUCUUGGGGUCGGCGCUGGGAAUGGGUGUGCACCUGCGGCGGGUGGUGCUGGAGGAGUGCCACCUGGGUGUUGAGAGUGCCCAGUGCUGGGCUGAGCAACUCAGCGCUCUGAAGUCAUUGGAGGUCCUCAACCUGGGCCACAACCAGCUGGAGAUCCGGGGCUUGGAGGUUUUUCUGGCCGCCUUGACGUCUGUUGGCCUCCGAGAGCUGGUGCUCACGGACAACCUGUUGGGACCCAAGGCGGCUCAGAUGGUGGGUGAGCUCAUGCUGCAGCUGCCAUCGCUGGUCGGUGUGAAUCUCUCGGAAAACUUCCUGCAAGAGGAGGGUGCAGCUCUCUUGGCAGAGGUGCUCUGCAAAGGCUCCACCUCUGGGCUUAGCCUGGACUUGUCUUCCAACGACUUGCGGGUCGCUGGCGCCAAAAGCCUUGCAAGGCUGAUGGAACUGGACCACUUUCGGUCCUUGGAGUUGGCGUCCAAUCGACUCCAUGACUUCGGCAUCAAGGCUCUGGCCCAGCCGCUACGGCAGAACCGUGGACUGACUUUCCUGGGCUUAGCCGAAAACAAGAUCAGCGAUGAAGGGCUUCAGGUGCUCGCCGAGGCGCUGGGCGAGAAUCAGACCCUGGAGAUCUUGGAGCUGGACUACAGCUCCAUCACCGAUGAAGGCGCGCUGUGCACGAAGCCGCUGAGGUGCCAGGUGACCUUGGCGGGAAAUCGCGCCAGUUUCCCUGGCAUCCAGCACUGUAGCACUGCUGGCUAUCGAUGA